AAUGAAACCAGCUCGCAAUAAUACAAAACAGAAGGCUGAAACUGGUUUAGGAGAAAGUUCUAGUCCUGCCAACAACUCAUGUAAAUAUAAGUGCAAAUCAACACAUAACAUAUACACAAUUAACAGACAAGACACACUUGGAAUUGUAGUACAUAAGUAAAAGCUGUUCAUUCUACCAAACCGAAGUAGGCCUACGUUACGUUCGCAGAGAACUGUCUUAGUACAUGUAUAUUGCCGCUGUUUUUAUUGUUUUACGGGGAGUGAACUUUUGAGUAACAUAUUUAGGAUAAAUAAGACGUUCAUCCUUAUGCUAGCUUCAACGAUUAUGUGCUCUGUGGCCAGCCAGUUGAUCGAUGGCGUACGAAGCAUUCUGCCGAGCGAAUUGGCGCAAGCCCUUCAAGCGGGCAAAAAAGAUGUAUCCCUCCAUGAUCUCAAGGAGUUCAUGUUAUUCGACUGUCGCUCGUUCAUAGCAUACAGCAACAGACAUAUAGCUGGAGCAGUUAAUGUUAAUUGUUCAGGAAUUGUUAAAAAGAGACUUCAGCAAGGAAAAGUCGCUCUCGCUGAUUUGGUAACACCAGACGUUGGAAGAGAGUGUAUGAAAAGCGGCAAGUGGAAUCGAGCCAUCGUCUACGAUGACAAUACAAGCGAACUCGAGAAGGCACCUGCCUCCCAUCCUGUUAGACUUGUCCUAACAUCAAUACUCAAGCAAGGCAAAGAGGCAUUAUUACUAAAAGGUGGUAUAAGAGAAUUUGCACAAUGCUACAACAAUCUUGUACUGGACGUGACACCAAGAAAUAAUGAAGUUACAAACACGGAAAGGAUAGGAAAUGAGUUAUCAGAGCAGACAUCCAGGCUGAAUAUUGAGACCACAGUAGAGCUGCUGAAUGUUCCUCUAACAAACGUGCUGCCGUUUCUGUACCUGGGAAACUCAAAGGAUGCAGGAAUGGAGAAAACUUUGGAUGACAAUAACAUUAAAUUUGUGCUUAACCUCACCUGUAAUUGCGAUAAUCAUUUUAUAUGGAGAAAUGAUAUUAAGUACAAGCAGAUUAAAAUUGAGGACAGCUGUAAAGAGGACAUCUUGACAGUUCUGCUAGAAUCAAUACAUUUUAUUGAAACUGCAAAAAAGGAUGGUUGUGCUGUGCUUGUUCAUUGCCAGGGUGGUGUCUCACGCUCAGCUGCCAUUACCAUAGCUUAUCUCAUGUACCAUCUGAACCUGUCUCUAAAAGAUGCCUACAAAUUUGUUAAAGAUAAGCGCUCUUGUGUAGCGCCAAAUCUAAAUUUUAUGGGACAGCUAAUGGAAUUUGAGAAGCAGCUCAGACAGAACCAAAAGUAGGUGAAGUCUUUGCCAGAGAACUUCCUGUCAAACAGGGUCUUCCUAAUAGUUGUAUUAAAUUUGUUCUUUGUUGAUGGCUGAUGUGCCAAUUUAGUUGGGUUUUCAGCAUCUACUUGAUGGAUUUUCUCAUGACCUUCUCAAAAGAAAAGGUCUUCUGCAAGUAAGGGGAACCUCAAACAGUGUUGAAUGAGGUGUCUUGUCAUGGGAAAACCUGAUUAAGUUCAGGAAGACUACUCCAAAGGAUAUAGUAUACCGAAAAACAUUUGUGAUUAUUUCUUUGUAUUAAAUAGGUAUAUAAAUAUGCAACCACCACAUAACACACUUGAAGUUUACAUUCCUUUGUACUUAAAUGCGUUGUAUGAAUUUUAUGGCCUAUCAACAGAUUUAUUACAAAUUAGUAAAACAAUUUCAAUUACAAAAUUUGGCUAAUGGCUUGAUGAAUUUUUUUUCAACUGUUAAUUCACUUUUUAAAGAUCUAAAAGGCCCACACAAGCAUUUACCCACAAAGGAAUUGUAGAUACCAUGUCAUGUCAGAAUUUCAGUAUUCAAAACCAGUCUGUACUUGUAAAACAUGUGUCAUAAAGCAUACAUUUAUUUCUUUUGAUAUUGGUGAUGCAGUCAUCUUUUUGUUCUCUGAUGCAUGGCUACCACUUGACAGCCACAGGCAGUGAAGUGGAUACAAUCUUAUAAGUUUUAUUAUUUAGAUGUUGUAUAUAUCUUGUAAAAUAUUAGACAAAUUUUAAUUAAAAUUAUGUAGAGAUUUCAGUUGAAAUGAAGGAGGGAAAGAUAAGACCAUUGAUAUUGUAAAAUUUUA